AUGAAGCCGCAGGACCCGCCCAAGUACGAGUUCGAGUAUGCCGUGCGUGACUACGACUCGGAGUUCGGGCAGCAGGAGGCCCGGGACGGUGGCAACACGGCCGGCUCGUACCUGGUGAGGCUGCCCGACUCGCGGCUGCAGCGCGUCCUCUACCGUGUCGACGGCGACUCGGGCUUCCAGGCGGACGUGCAGUUCGACGGCCAGGCCCAGCACCCGGCCCGCUACGACCGACCGGCAGCUAGCAAGCGCAGCUACCCCGUCGCCGCUCCCGGACCGCAACAUGGUCCGACCUCGAGAGCCAGCUCACGUGUCUCCUAG